CCGCACAACCGACACGAUAAAAAAGCACAUAUCCGUACAUAGUUUAGGAAUCCACUCUGCCGAGUCAUCUGCGGGCCAUGCGUGUUAGUGGUGGUGUGGAUUUGUAGCAGCAACCUGUUGGAAAGAUCCGAUCGCCGCCGUCGUCGCGCACUAGGCUUACGUCUGUUUCAUAAAAUAGUGUCCAAGACGGGAGAGAAAGUACACUUACCUGGUUUCGUACGAGCGGGUACGGUUCACACGGUUUUUUAUCUUGGCAGCACCGGUAUUAGCAGUGAGCAGUCGAUAACAAUCAGGAGAAUUUUUUUUUGCCACCCGUGCUGAUUUCAGUGCCUGCACAAAGAACCACUAGAUUCGCAAAUUCGCCAUGGCCCGAAACCGCUUGCUGGUGCACUUCUUCACCCUGCUCCAUCUGGUGAUCGAUAAGCUGCUGUACGCGUGUCUCAAGUGGUACUGGGGCCCAAGCAAACAGCGCUGCCCGACGCUGCAGCGCAAGCGGAUGAUCGUGACGUACAGUGCGGUUGAGCUAGCGCGGAUGAUCCGCACCCGGGAGGUGUCCUGCUACGACGUAAUCAGUGCCUUUAUCGAUCGCCUCAACGAGGUCAACCCGCUCGUGAAUGCCGUGCUCGACGGUCCGUUUAUCGAUGCACUCGACGAGGCACGCCGUAUCGACGAACGGCUGCAGCAGGGUGCGAUCGGGGAGGCCGAGCUGUCGUCGAAACCGUUCCUCGGUGUGCCGUUCACGACGAAAGACAGCACGGCGGUCAAGGACCGGUUGCACACGCUGGGUAUCGUCGCACGGCGAACGGUCAGGUCGAACAACGAUGCCGAGUGCGUGCGGUUGUUGAAGGAGGCCGGUGCAAUUAUCAUCGCGACAACGAGCAUACCGGAAAUCAACCGAUGGCAAGAAACGCGUAACAAUAUUAUCGGCCAGACGAACAAUCCGUACGACAAUCGACGCACGGUCGGAGGAUCGAGUGGUGGCGAGGGGGCUCUCCUAGCGGUUUGCGGAACACCGAUCGGAUUGGGAACCGAUAUUGGAGGCUCGAUCCGUAUGCCCGCUUUCUAUUGUGGUGUGUAUGGUCAUAAACCAACGACCGGCAUCAUAAACACACGUGGCUGUUCCUUGCGCACGGGCCGGGAACCAUCGACGAUGGUCGUAGCCGGUCCAAUGACACGCUACGCCACGGAUCUGCUACCGCUGAUGAAAGUGCUCGUUGGACCGGAAAAGUCUCUCGCCCUUCGUUUCGACGAACCCACGGAUGUGCGCAAGCUGCGCUACUUUUACAUUGCCGAGUCGGGCGACAUCAAGUGCAGUGCGGUACAGCCACAGCUUCAAAAGUCAAUGGAUCGUGUGGUUGAGCACUUCUCGCAGCUAGCGCCCGGUGGUGUGCAAAGGGUUACGCUAAGCGGCACCGACCGGACGACCAACAUGUGGCGCUACUGGAUGACACAGGAGCCGGCCAACUUUGGGACGCUGUUGGGCAAUGGGAAGCCGCUCAGUCCGUUGGUAGAGCUAGCGAAAAAGCUUACCGGUCGGAGCGAGUACACGAUGGCUUCGAUUUACUCGCUAAUGGACACGCUGCUGCCACAGGAAAAGGAGGACGUAAUUAAGGAGCUUACGCGCUGCUGCGAUCAGCAGCUAACGGAACUGCUCGGAGACGAUGGGGUGCUGUUUUAUCACAGCACAACGCACACGGCACCGUACCAUUAUGCGGCGUUCGUAAACGUAUACAACUUUAGCUACUGGUGUCUGUUCAACGUGCUGCACGUACCGGCCACCCAGGUACCGCUGGGCUUGGAUGGUGAUGGUUUGCCGCUCGGGAUACAGAUUGUGGCGAGCCGGAACCGUGAUAGGCACUGUCUGGCGGUGGCCGAAGAGAUCGAGCGCGUGUUUAAUGGGCGCAUUCCUCCCUUCAUUGUUGAGUAGUGGAGGUUGAGGAUAACCUUUCGCCUGUUCGGUCGGUUAUUUCCCAUUCUUUUGGUCAUGUACUGUAAGUGUUGGGGGUUGUCGGUUAUAUUUAUUCUCUAACUUAUGCAAAUGUCGUUUGUUUUGUGUUACGUUUGUGUUCUAUGUCGUCGAUUGUUUAAAAUAAUAACAGAAUUUAAAGCGAUCUCGAGAAGACCGUUGCUGUUCAUGGCGAAUAAGAGUUUGUGUUACUGAUUUUCUUUAAAACAAAUUAAGCUUAAAGGGGUUUUUUUUCGAUUUGUCUUUCGACUAUUUGCCGAUUGGGGAGCAUACACCGCAAGCCUCUAUAACAUAAAUAAUAAAUAAAAUACUUUUUCUCUGGUUAAAAAAGUAGGGACAGUAAGAAGCUAAUAGCGUUAUAGCACGGAGGGAUUUUUGCACCUUGCGAUGGCCGACGCAUGGCGAUGGAUGGCUAGGAAAGGGUCUCUUUUCCUUCAGGUUGUCUGUGGGACUAAUACCAAUAAAUAAUCUCUCGUAAUAUA